AUGACAACAAAACAGUCACAGCCUACGGUCACAUUCAUUACCAAUCGGAGCCUCUGUACUAAAAAUCUAUUAAGUGAAACAAAGCGACCGUUUUUAACCCAGCCUUAUUUGCACACUUUCUUCGUUUUAAUCAUCGCCGCCGGCAAAUUGUUCGGUUCCGAAGUCAUGCACUGCCUCUCUAAGCGCUCUGUCUCUUCUCUUCUCCGAUCCGGUUCCCAUCUCCGCGGCGAUGCUACGGCGGCCGUCUCCUGUUCCUCUCCCUUCUCCGACUCGGACGGUAUAGGAGUAGUCAGUGGGAUCAAUAAGUUUCAUUCUCGAGCAGGAAAUGCUAUCUUAUGGAGAAACAGUCCGCAAUACAGUUCUCAGGGAAGCUUUCUUGAACGAGAACAAGCCUCGUUUUCGGGGUUCCGAUGCUUCAGCGAUGGCAGUGGUGAUACUUCUCCUCGCUUGGACCGGGACUUUUUGGCCCAGCUAUGGGUUUCAGAUAUGAAAAAGCUAAAGGCCAUGGAAAAGCGACAACGGAAAGCUUCUAAGCAUAGGGAGUAUCAGAUUGAUGAGCAAUCUUCUUUAGCACAGUCUGAUGAAAACCAUUAUGAGCAUGCUAAGCCUACGCCGCAGCAACCACCGGUUAGCCAGUCUAUGUCUGGUCUUCUGAAGCCUACAUCUUCUGAUGAGGAAAAUCGCUAUGCUGUAGUUGAUGUUUGCUAUCCUCAGGCGCCUGUUGGGUCUAUUCGGGAGCAAAGCCAUGUUAUUGCGCGGCAGCUGCUUCGUACAAGGCGUCCAUUUGUUGCUUCCAUAACUGAUUCUUUGGGUAAUGAGCUUUUCCGGGUUCGUAGACCUUUCUGGUGGAUCACAAGUUCAAUAUAUGCUGAGAUUGAUGGAAAGGAAAUUGGUGUGGUUCAUCGACGGUGGCAUCUAUGGAGAAGAAUAUAUGAUCUAUACUUGGGGAACGACCAGUUUGCAGUGGUGGAGAAUCCUGGGUUUUGGAAUUGGACAUUUACAAUUAAAGGUGAUGAUGGGGAAGUGUUAGCUCAAAUAGAUCGUGACUGGAGAGGUUUUGGCUUUGAGAUAUUAACAGAUGCUGGCCAGUAUGCGAUCCGGUUUGGAAAAUCCGAUGCUGCAUCCAAAACCGGUCCUGCUACAAUGAUAGAAGAGUUAGAAGUGAAACGGCCACUGAGUUUGUCUGAAAGAGCCGUUGCUCUUGCGCUUGCUAUUUCACUAGAUAAUGAUUACUUUUCAAGACAUGGUGGCUGGGGAAUCCCGUUCAUGGCGGUGGGCGAGUAGUUAGGUUUUAGUCUUCCACACUCUCUUGUUUUCGAGUAAAAUGACUCGUGUCAUCGUGUGGCUAUCUGAAAACUUGAGCCUUGUGUUGUGUUUUUCGAUAUCUCGUUGCAACUCUUAAGUAGAUGAAACAUUUAUAUAAUGAUGAUUAUUUUGAAAGAUAAUAACCAAAUGGGUCAAAAGUGUUAUAUAUAUUGAUGAUACAUGUCUCUAAACAAAGAAUCAUCACCAGAAGUCAUUGCAAGAACAAGAUCCGUCUCUAAAGUGAUGGAAUCUACUACUGUCUCUCACAAUAAUAUUUCGUUGAUAGAUACGAGACAGCAACUUAGUUACAGAGUGACAAUCAUUACACACCGUAAGAUUCUUGACUACUCUUAUUGGACUCUUGCUGUUGUUGUUAAUUAGACCAUAAGCUAUAGCCAAUCUCUCACUAUGCAACUCUAAUUCAGCUUCUUUCCCUUUCUCUUCUUCAAUCCUCAACAGAAUCUGUCUAGUAUCUGGAACGUGUCCUGCUUCUUUCAGCUUCUCCUUCAUCUCCUUUAACUUUGCAUAGAUCUCCUCUGAUUGUUCAUGUGAUCUAUCUCCUACAAUAAACCUAUGAGUCACACCUUUUCUCUCUAUCAAACUCCAUCCAGCUUCUUUCUUGAUCCCUUUCUUCUUCAUCGUCUCUCUCACUUCCGAAACUUUUUCCCAUUUUCCAGCAGCCGCGUACAUAUUCGACAGCGGAACAUGCCCCUCUGGAGCCAGCUCUAUCAACCGUCUAGCAGCGUAUUCACCAAUCUCUACAUCUACGUAGUUCCUGGCUCCGUUUAACAGGCUCAUCCAAAUAACUUUGUUUGCUCUUAUCGGCAUUUCCUCGAUAAUCGUUUUCGCCUCUCGGAGAUGUCCCGUCCUGCAUAACGCGUCAACUAAGCAGCCGUAAUGCUCGAUUUCACGCUCAACUCCAUACUCAUUCACCAUGGAAUCGAAGUAGAAACGAGCUUCUUUUACAUAACCAACGUGGCUACAAGCGUUCAACAACCCAACAAAGGUCACUCCGUUAGGCUUUAUACCGCUCUCUUGCAUCUUCUUGAAUAGUUCUAAUGCUUUAUCCGCCUUCCCGUGCAUCCCUAGCCCGGCGAUAACCGAGUUCCAGUGACCUAACUUCUUUCUAUGUAUUGAUCUGAAUGUUGUUAACGCACUCUCUAUGCUUCCACACUUGGAGUACAUCUCUAUCAGUAAAGUUCCGAUCACACCGUCCGAUCCAAUCCCGUUCUUGACCAUAUACGAAUGAACCCAUUUCGCGGUACUGAGAAUAGCGGAUGCAGCCACCGCGGAGAUUAGACUCGUGAAGGUCGCAUUGUUAGGUUUGAGAUCAUCUUCUUCCUUCAACAUUCUGAGAAACGUACACAAAGCUUCUUCGAACCGGCCGUUUUUCUCGAAUACCCGUUGAUCAUCGUGUUCCAAGAAACCGAGUUCUUUGUUGGCAUCUUAUCAAACACAUCUCUAGCAGCCUCGAUUCUUCCCGAUUUCGAGAACCCGUGAAGCAACGCUGUCCAAGAAUACGAAUCUCUCUCGGGAAUUUCAUCGAACAGCUUCACCGCCGUUUCGACAUCUCCACUACGGGCGUAACCAUCGAUCAAAGCGUUCCAAGUAAACGAAUCUCUCUCACGCAUUUCAUCAAAUACCUUGCGUGCACAAUCAAGCAUUCCGCAUUUCGAAUACAAACUAACCAAACUGCUCUGGACGAAUUUAUCCGAGGUGAGAUUAAACUUCAGGGAAACGCCAUGGAUCUGCUUUCCUUCUUCAGCCGCACAUAAACGAGAACACCCCUUUAAAACGCAAGGCAGUGUGAAGUUAUCCGGAGAGAAUUCGCUGAGCAGAUCGGAGAAUAAACAGAUGGCGUCGUGUGAGCGGUGGUUUUCGACAUAGCACUUGAUCAUCAUGUUCCAUAAGGGAAGGCAAGGGGUUUUGAUCCUAUCGAAAACUGAGCGAGCGUAGAUUAGGUCGUUGAUGGGUCGGCACGUGUAGAGGGAGAGAAGGCGGGAAGAGAUGGAGGAGUGGUUGAAAGUUCCGGUUUUGAGAGACAAAGAGUGAAGCUGCUUAGCUUCUUCUAUGGUCUCUGAGGAGCUGAAGAGCGAUAACUGCUGCUGGUGGUGGUGGACGACGGAGGAUGGCGCCACCGCUGCUGCAUUUUGCAUUUUGAAGAUUGAAAUUCAGUAGAUAAAAAAAUCAGUUUGGAGAGACGAAGGGAUGUGUAUUUUUUUGAGUGAUUUACAAAGAAAUACAAUUUUUCAGUUUUGG